CAGAACGUUCAUUCGCGUGGUCGUGAUGGAUGAGGCUCCCGUUUGUCUGGUAGUUUCCGAGUGAAAUGAAAAAAAAAGUAACAGCAAAAGGAAUAUUCCGUAUUAGUAGGAUGCUAAUCUAGUCAGUACGAAGGACAUUUAUUUGUGUCGAAGGGAUAAUGCAAUAAUAAACGAAUUUCACGGCCAAUGAUCCUUUUUCCGUCAACGAUUAUACCGAUUGGUGUAUUAAUGAUGCAUAGUGCAGUGCUUAGAACGGAACACAAGAAACCUAAGCCUGAACCACAACUACCAUACAACUCAGCUGUAACAGGUUCGCGUGUGCACGAGUGAAAUGAGAUCGACGGGAAAAUCGAGUCUAUUCCCAAAACACAAACCAAAUUGUAAUUAAAAAUAAAUCAAGUUGGGCCACCCUGGAAGGCGUCGAAGCCUACUAGAUCAGAAGCAACUGUGCGCCUGUGGUGAACAAAAAAACAAAUCAGCGAUUUCGGUGGAAGCUUGUCAGGAUUCGACGGUGGCGAAGAAGAGACUUGCUUGGAAAACAUUCGAACAUGCCGGAAGCCAUGUGGAAUGUAAUAGCUCCCGGAACGGGAGGACGCUGGGCUGUUGGUACUUUGAUUCUGGUUCAGUUGAUAGCAUUCAAUGAAUCCGGUGGCCCUGGAACAAUGAUCAGUGUGGCAGUAGCUGCUGGUUUUGCUAUUUUCACUGGCAUAUGCAAAUCAAGUGUGAAAGCAAUACAGAUAUAUUACAUUCGUACAACACAUCGAACGGAUUUCUUCUGUCUAUUUCUGGCAAAAUGGAUGGAUAUUUUGGCUCUGUUCUCGGCCUGUGCAGUACUCGUGAGAACACUUAGCUCGUCACUGGACGCAAUGACGGGCGGAAUAGUCAGAAUGUACAUCUUAGGACGUAAUUCACCCGCCAACGAACCAUGGCCGGACGUUAUUGGGGUUGUCGUCAUUUUCCUGAUCACCGCCAUGUUUAUGCUGGGACUGGAGAACACCAAGAUAUUUAGCUUCCUGAUGGCAUUCGGUGUGGCAGCAGUGACAACGACGAUUGCCGUAGUUAGCGGCCUGAGAGGAAACAUUGAACACUUUACUAGCGAAACAAUUCUUCCCAAGGGGGUUGUUGGGCUCCUGUCUGGUGUGGCGUUAUCAAGCUUCAGUUACUCGAAUGACCUAUUAAACGGCAAUUACUGUAAACGAUUGUUGGGUAUCGGUGUAUUAAUACUUGUAUUGCUAUCAAAUGAGUUUGUUGGUAUAUGUUUAACCACACUGGUGAAAUUUAGCACUAACCACGAAUACGAAGCAGUUCCACUUCUGAGCAUCUUAGAAAACAAGGAUUUUCACAAGGCCAUUCCGGCGGUUGCUUGCCUCCUAGUGCUCACCUGUUCCGGGGCCCUACUGGAACUUUUUCCGGAAAUGUUCUAUCAGAUUGUUCAACUGACGACGUCGGACUGGCGAAUACUGGCAAAGCAAAUUGGAUACGAGAAUCGAGACAGCGGAAGUCCAAUUUUGGCUGUUUUUACCGGAGGAAGCUUAUGCGCAAUGCUAGCCUUUGCUUGUCCGCUGGAAAAUUUGAUUUAUAUCCUUGCGGCCAGUAACGUGCUGGCGAGUCUGCUGCGAGCGUUUUAUUUGCUUUAUAUUCCAUUCAGGCCGCAAUAUUUGGAACAACCAAAUGAUUCAUCGCUAGCCUACAGCCGUCUCAACACAGCCCCUAAACCGGCCACGGUACAAACAGGUAGUCUCAAAUCGAAGAAAUCGGUAUGGUUCUUUAGAAAACCUUCCACUACCUCGUUAGCACAUCACAUGCUCUCAAGUAAGCACCCCAGCAGGAACACCGUUCACGAGGAACACGAACGGGAAUGGUUACUGCUGGGCGAACCUUCGUCGCCGAAAGUUCUCGAGACGCCUCCGGAUAUAGAAUCGACCGUCCUUUCGGAUCAAAUCUCCGACAUUGAGUGUAUAGCACUGGCCAAACCCGAGAAUACCGAAAGUGACGAGGACAGUUCCACCGAUAUCGAUGCCAUUGUGGAUGAGUAUCGACAGAAAGUCAAAGUGUCCGCUGCGGGUCCAUUGGAUAGUAACACGCUGAGACUGCCGACGGUCACUAGCUGGAGAUUCACGAUGCUAUUGAUUGCUAUUAUCAUGAUUGGAAGUGCUCUGACUUCGACCGGUCUGAUUGCUUGGGAAACUAAUACCAUCAUCAUAGGUGUAAACCUUGUUUUCAUCUCGUCCGCCAUUUUGAUGCUAUUUCCAAGAUAUGACCAAGUCACGUCAACGUCACCAGCUAUACUGACGUGUUCUAUAACACUACUAGGAUCAACUGUGCUCUUUUCAGCUUCCUUCAUGUUGUCAUGGCCUGCUUUGCUACUGUGGUUUAUUGCCGGGCUUUUCCUAUUCAUCCGGUGUGACACCUGGUGCUGUCUGUGUCUGGAACGGCCGUCAUCCAGUCAAACAUUGAUUGCAAGCGUCUCCGGUACCAGAACUACGAUCCGGGUUCCUCGUCCUCCCAAGGGAUCAAUCAUUCCCGCCCGUAUUGCCGGACACAGUUGACAUUCGGAUAGCAGCGACAGUGAAUUUUACGAAGAGGAAGAUACCGUCGAGGAGUGGACUGACUGAUGGGUUUAAAUUGGUGAAUUCCGGUCGGUUCUCGACAAUACUAGGUUCUAUCGAUAAGUCCUAGCGAUUAAUCAAGAGGCUGAAAGCUUCUACGAAAAUAGUGUGGGUGGGUUUCCUUUUUUAUUGAGUCUAGUCCAACUUAUAUAAGGAUUAAAAAUCGAAAAUGCAAUAAAAAAUUGUAGUAACUCAAAAUUGGAAUAAUAUAAUACAUAAUGUUCCACAGAAUAAAUCCUGUACGUCAAAAGUAUAUGUUUUCUGAAUGUGAUACAGAUGUGAUGUCAUAAAAUUCAAUUUGAUGUGAUCUUGCCCUUUUUAAUUCUAAUGAAACAAUAAAUAAGCAUCAUCAGAAAAGCUUAGAAUUUUCUAUAAGAAAUCUAAGCAAUGGAUAGAAAGAUUUAUGAAAGAAAAGAAUUGUCAUUUAAAGCAAAAUUGUAUCGCUUGAAGCUCUCGUGACAGGAAAUAGCAACCAGUCGGUUGUUCUUAUCAUUCAUCCUCGUUUCACUCCGAAGUGCCCCGAUUCAGUAGACAAAAGCAACAUACCCUUAAAAGCGUCAAUUCAAAGCUGGUAUAAUAUCGAAAAAAAAAAAUAAAACCAUUCCAAUCAUAGUUUUGAGAAGCGAGUGCCAUACAGUAAUGCGGCCUUUUAUUCAUAUUUUACAAAACAUGAAUGCAGCUUAGAUCAAAGAAAGAUUAGUACUUAUUAAACAGUAGACGGCUAUAUGAAAAGAUGCGAGAUUAGAAAACAACUUGCGGAUUGUGCUAGUUCAUAUAUUUAUAGUAAGGCUUUGAAAAUUGCAAAAAAAAACAAAA